AUGGAUGACCAGACCAGGAUGCUGACGGGUCUCACCGGACUUGGCGGACUACAGCCGGGCGAUGUUGGAGACCCGGACUCGGUUCGGAAACAGCAGUCCCUCGGCCAGCCCCAACAAGACAUCGGGGAUAUCCUACAGCAAAUAAUGGCCAUCACCGACGAGAGCCUGGACGAAGCACAGGCCAGGAAGCAUGCCCUUAACUGUCACAGAAUGAAGCCAGCCCUGUUCAGCGUUCUCUGCGAGAUCAAAGAGAAGACAGUGCUGAGUAUACGAGGCGUGCAAGAAGAAGACCCCCCAGAUCCGCAAAUCAUGCGUUUGGACAACAUGCUGCUAGCAGAAGGCGUGUCCGGCCCGGAGAAGGGCGGCGGGUCGGCCGCGGCGGCCGCGGCUGCAGCGGCGGCAGGCGGUUCGCCCACCGACAGCAGCAUCGAACACUCCGACUACAGAGCCAAGCUGGCUCAAAUUCGUCAGAUAUAUCACUCCGAGCUGGAGAAGUAUGAACAGGCGUGCAGCGAGUUCACCAACCAUGUAAUGAACCUGCUGAGAGAGCAGUCUCGAACACGGCCCAUCUCGCCCAAGGAGAUCGAGCGCAUGGUGGCCAUCAUCCACCGCAAGUUCAGUUCCAUCCAGAUGCAACUCAAGCAGAGCACCUGCGAGGCCGUCAUGAUCCUGCGCUCGCGCUUCCUCGACGCCAGACGCAAGAGGCGCAACUUCAACAAGCAAGCGACAGAGGUGCUCAACGAGUAUUUCUACUCCCACCUGUCUAACCCUUACCCUAGUGAGGAAGCAAAGGAGGAGCUUGCCAAAAAGUGCGGGAUCACGGUGUCUCAGGUCUCUAAUUGGUUCGGAAACAAGAGAAUACGUUACAAGAAGAACAUCGGCAAAUUCCAGGAGGAAGCCAACCUCUACGCAGUGAAGACAGCAGUGGACGCCGCCAAUGUGUCGGCGCAAGCUAGCCAGGCCAACUCACCGGCGACGCCCAACUCAGGUGGAUACCCUGCACCGUGCUACACACCUGACGGGCGGCUAUGA